CUGACAGUGUCCCUCCCUCUUUCUCUCUCCACCUCCUCCUUCUCUCAUUAGGCUUUUCACCGGCAAAACACCGACACCGACGCACACACACACUCCCUUUCCUCCUGUAACCUGGCAAUAAACACGGAGCGGCGGCUGGAACAGGAUUGACCUCCCCCGGUGCGCACCAUCCAUGGUCCUCCCGUGGAUGUCUGUCUGACAGGAGGGUUGGUGUUACUUUGCUGAAGAGACAGUGUGGCAGGCCCUGAGUCGGAGUUGAAGAGAGCAAGAUAGUAGUCCUCCCAGACAGCAGGGGGCAGCAGCAGGCAUGCAGGACUCAGCCUCGGACAGCAAGAUGGCCAAACAGGAACAGAAACAGAACUCCAAGCAUCUGGAUGAACACACAGAAACAGACGACAUGUCAGAGAAGACGUCCCCAAACAAGAACCUCAAAUCUCCACAGAAAGGCUCCAAACGACUUAAAACCGCCCCGUUCAAAAUGACCCUGCUGGACUCCGCCGAGUUUGAAGGAGAAAUUGAGAAACACUCCAAAGGACAGACCCUGAUGGACAUGGUGUGUGAGCACCUCAACUUGUUGGAGAAGGACUACUUUGGUCUGACCUUUGCCGACACAGACACCCAGAAGAACUGGUUGGACCCCUCCAAGGAGAUCAAGAAGCAGAUGCGCAAUGCUCCAUGGCACUUUGCCUUCUCUGUCAAGUUCUACCCUCCAGACCCCUCCCAGCUAACUGAGGAUAUUACCAGAUACUACCUGUGUCUGCAGCUGAGGGAUGACAUGCUGUCAGGUCGACUGCCAUGCUCGUUCGUUACUCACGCCCUCCUGGGCUCCUACACCGUUCAAGCAGAGCUGGGCGACUACGACCAGGACGACCACGGCUCCGACUACAUCAGCGAUUUCCGCUUCGCCCCAAAUCAGACUCGCGAGCUGGAGGAGAGGGUGAUGGAGCUCCAUCGAAACUACAAGGGGAUGACUCCAGCAGAGGCUGAAAUUAACUUCUUGGAGAAUGCGAAGAAACUUUCCAUGUACGGGGUGGACCUCCAUCACGCUAAGGAUUCUGAAGGGAUUGACAUAAUGUUGGGUGUCUGUGCCAACGGGCUGCUGAUUUACCGUGAUAGGCUGAGGAUCAACCGCUUUGCCUGGCCAAAGAUCCUUAAGAUCUCCUAUAAGAGGAGCAACUUCUACAUCAAGAUACGGCCUGGAGAGUACGAGCAGUUUGAAAGUACAAUUGGUUUCAAGCUUCCUAACCACAGAGCUGCCAAGAGGCUGUGGAAGGUCUGCAUUGAGCAUCACACCUUCUUCAGGCUGGUGUCUCCAGAGCCUCCUCCCAAGGGCUUCUUGGUGAUGGGUUCAAAGUUUCGAUACAGUGGAAGGACACAGGCUCAAACCAGACAGGCCAGCGCUCUUAUAGACCGACCUGCUCCACACUUUGAGCGUUCCACCAGCAAGAGGUACCUGCUGUCCAGGAGCUUGGACGGAGCAGAGUUCUCACGGCCGAUUUCAGCCACGUGCGAGAACCACGACGGCCUAACUCACCGCAGCGUCAGUGAACAGCGCCGCCUCCGCAGCCCGUCCGUAGACGAGCAGGAGACCGAGCUGGAGGCGAGUUUAGAGCAGGACGAGGAAGCCAAGGACCAAGAGCGGAGCGAGGAGACGGAGACAGAAUACGACGGCGAUGUCACUCCAAGCAGAAAGAAAGAAAUCAUGGAGGAGGCUGGGUCACCAGUUGACAGUAAACAGGAGUUGGACCAGGAGGCCACUCCUCGGCACAAACAGGAGUUUCUGGAUAAGUCGAAGGACGUCUUGCUGAAGCACCAGGCCAGCAUCAACGAGCUGAAGAGAACCCUGAAGGAGCCGAACAGCAAGCUGGCGUACCGUGAGAAACUGUCAUCAACUUCCCCAACUGGCACACCAGAGAAGAAGGCUUUGGUGGGCCGAGCAGUGGGAAAGGACCCUGUUAACAGCCAGUCUGUUGAGGGUUUCUUCCAGAAGACUGUGGUGACUUCACCUGAGGGCUCUGAGGAGUGGGUAUUGAUUGAAAAACAAGAAACUUAUCAACAGGACCAUGACUGGAAGGCAGAAGAAAUGAACAAAUCUCUUGCAUCUGAUUCCUCAUGGGAGAAAAAGGAGCUGGAGAAAGAGAUAGACGUUACCAGGAUGAUACAUAAAGAGGUAACGGGGUAUGGCAGAAAAGAAAUGAAAAGCCAUAUUGAUGAAUUUCCAUCAACCAAAUCAUCCAGAGAGACAGAUGGAUGCUCUGAGCCACAGCCGACUAACAAAAGUCGUUUUGUGAUUCAAUUAUCUGAGAAUGCAGACUUGUUUCAAGACAAAUCUCAAAGUAAACCAGCUCAAGCCUCAGACCCUGAGGCAGAAAGUGAUGCGGCCCCGGGCUCAUGUCAGAUAAAGGAACGCAAAGCUUCUAAACCAAGGAAAAAGAGGAGACCCAAGAGCUUAAACCUGGGAAUGCCUGCCGAGCUCAUCUACAGGAAAGAAAGCAGCGAUUCUACUGAAGACGAAAACGAGGACUCGGACAACAGUCCAGAAGAAACCUCUAAAGGAGGAAAUGAAUCAUCCCCGGUGGAGAUGAUGAAAGAUGAUCAGGCAUCAGGAAAGGAUCAGUCUGUCAGGGUAUCUAAAGACCACCAACGAGAGGAUGUAUCAAAAGGAGAAAGCAGGGAGGUCUCCACUGAAGUAACAGAGCAGGUAGAGAGAAAAGCGAGCCAGUUUGGGCCAGAUGAUAUCGAUGUAGGCUCGGUUAACGGACCCGGAAAGAUAGAACAUGAUAGUUCGUUAGCAGGUGUGAAAGGGGAGUGCGUGAUGAAGGUGCGAGGGAAGGGCCUUAUUGACAACAAAGAGCUAGCUGAGGUAAAACUGCGACAGGUCCGGACGCAUGAGAGGAAGAUCAGUAGUUCUGGGGGAGAGGAUAUUGAGGGUUUCAUGGGAGACAGAGGUCAGAGGACGUCUCUUCUGAGAUUGUCAGGCAGCAGCUACCAGUCGGAAAUCUCCAGGAUUGUUCCCCUCAAGCCCGAGCGGUCAAAGAGCAUAGCGUGUAAGGAUGAAAGGGACAGGACAGGACAGGACGAGCCCACACGGGUCAUCAGAAGAGAAUAUCGCUGGUCGGUCGGCUCUCCAGAGGGAUCCUCAGACCUCGCCUGGACUGACCCCGCCGCCUUCCAUCCGGCAUUCGCCACAGAUCUGGAGGGUAUCGCUAAAACAGAACAUCCUGAUGAUAGCUAUCAGUCUGGCAGAGGACCUACGGAGAGUCAGUCGUUUGGCUCUAAGAUUUCAGCGCUUCCCAAAAUGGCUCCCCCAGCCCCGCCAGUGAAAACACAGAAGGCCAGGGAGUCUGGACUAAUACUGCGGAACAGCCGAAAUGCCGGCAGGGAGCCGAGCCUGGACGCAGCCAAGAAGAGACACUCGGAGCCUGUCUCCACUCCUGCCAUUUAUGAAGAGCCGUUUGCUGAUUUCAAGAAGGAGCUCGGGGACAGGAGGCCUCAGCCGAGCAUAGCCUCGGAGGAGGAGCAGGAGCGGGACACGCUGGCCUGCAUGAGGGAAAGCCACCUGGGCAUCGAGCGCAAGUGCUCCAGCAUGACGGUCAGCUCCACGUCCAGCCUGGAGGCUGAGGUGGACUUCACGGUCAUCAUGGACCUCCACUCCGGCGUGGAGGACUUCUCUAAGGGCAUGUCGGAGCUGGGAGAGAGGGAUCGACAGCCCGAGGUGGGCCGGGAGGACUUUGAGGAGACCUCCAGGUUCUACUCGGCCCGUCUAAUGGGCUCCCGGGACAAGUCUCCCAUAGAGGAGAAGCUUCCUGAGGAGGGCAGACAUCAUGAGCCUCCUGUGGCAAAGAAAGAAGCCAGCGCUGUGAGCGUGGCCCAUAUGCUGAAGAGGGGUGACACCAAGACGGAGACGCAUACGAAUGGGUCGGAGAUCCACCCCAACAUCAUGAAUGUCUCACCGCAGAACUAUGGAGUUGUCAGCCCGCUGGAGGCUCCUGCUGCCCUCAAAGAAAAUGGCUCCCCUGUUAAAGCUGGAACCCAGGGGAGGGAGUCUGUUGUGUCCCCGCUGACCAUCACUGCUGAGAGCGUCACCUCAGCAACCACAACUCAAGUUACCAAGACUGUGAAAGGAGGCUACUCAGAGACCAGAAUCGAGAAAAGGAUUAUAAUCACAGGAGAUGAUGAUGUGGACCAACAUCAGGCCCUCGCCAUGGCAAUCCAAGAGGCCAAGCAGCAGCACCCCGACAUGCAGGUGACAAAAGCAGUGGUUAUCAGGGAAACCGAGUCUCCCACUGAGGAGCUGCUGCAGCAGCAGGCAGAGUCCUGAUCCUGAGACGGGGGGGUGGGGGGACAGUGGAGGAUCCUUCAGCUGUGUGUCUCCUGGCCCGCACUGCAGUACGCCACCACCCAGAUAUGAGGACUCUCUACCCCGCCUGUGUAAACAACCUACAUGAGUACAGACUGCGUUCCAUUAAGCAGUAGAACCUCCACUCUUGUCCCUUUAGACAAACCAACUGUGACUCGGCGCCUGACCCGUUCCGGCCUCCUGCCCGUCCCGGCCCGUCCCGGCGCGUCCCGGCCUGUCCCGGCCCGUCCCGGAGUGAUGCAAGAUUGAAAGUGAAACCCGGGCAAAGCUAAUUGAAUUCACCGCUGUCAGAGUCAUUUGUCUAAAACCUUACUUGUGUAUUAUUUAAUCAAAUGCAUUUUGACUCCUUUGAACCCUGUGGGUCAUUUGAAUCAAUACAGUUUCAACCCCAAACAAAACGUCUCCCAGCCCCCCCCCCAACCCCGAUACCCUUCCCUCACAAAUGACUACUUUCACUUGUAAGGUCCCAAACACCUGUUGAAAAUGUAAUGAAUAAGAUAUGAGAGCAGUAGAGGAUGAGGAGAGUGGUGGUGGUGGUGGUGGUGGUGGUGGGGUGUGGCUGCGAGGUUGGUGGCAAGAGGCAGCCUUCUGCUCGAUGUUGCCACCUCCUGGCUGUGACACCUUCAGUAUAAUCAACAGCUGUCUUACUAGCUUUUUACAUUUUUAUCUAUAGAGGAUCUAAUUUAUGUCCCGUGUUUGCUCGUUUAUGAAAUAUGUAUAAUAUCAGAUGAUUAUAAUCUGCAUGAUUCAAUAAAAAAAACAGCAGAGGGAAUGAAAAAUAAAAA